UGGGCCAAUGCUGUGGAGAUGGGGAGGUGGGGAGGGCAGGUUGUGGUGUAUAAGUGGAGGAGGGCUGCUGACUCCUGACCGUGUCCGGCACUGAACAGCCUCUUCUCUUAGCCUCCUCUGUGUUGAAAAACAGCAUGAUGGCAGUCCUGCUCCUGCCCCUUCUCAUGGCAGCCUGUGCGUUCUUGGGGGUUGGUCUGUGGGUAAUCUGCAGCCAUUUCCUUACUGCGGACAUCCCUGCAGCCAUCGGCCACCCGGUGAAACUGCGGGUCCUGGAUUGCCUUUUCCUGCUGUUGUUGAGAUGGGGGAUGAUUUUUGAGAAACUGAGAAUCUGUUCUAUGCCCCGAUUUGUCCGUUUCAUGCAUGAUCUGAGGCCACUGAAGGAGGAUCCGGAUGUCGUGGUCACAGACCUCCGCUACGGGACAAUCCCUGUGAAGCUGUACCAGCCCAAAGCGUUUUCCUGCAUCCCCAGGCCUGGCAUCGUGUUCUACCACGGCGGCGGGGCGGUCCUGGGGAGCCUGAAAACCCAUCAUGUCAUAUGCUGUCAUCUGUCCAAGAAGAGUGGCUCAGUGGUCCUAUCAGUUGGAUACCGCCGCCUGCCCCAGCAUAAAUUCCCGGUGGCGGUACGAGACUGUAUUGCAGCCACCAUCCACUUCUUGAAGUCCCUGAAUGUGUAUGGGGUGGAUCCAGAUCGGGUCGUGGUCUGUGGUGACAGUGUGGGAGGGGGAGUGGCCACGAUAGUUUGUCAAAAACUUUUGGACUGUCCAGAUCUCCCCAAGAUCCGUGCUCAGAUCCUGGUCUACGCCAUCCUCCAAGCUGUGGAUUUUCAAUCCCCUUCCUAUCAGCAGAACAGGAAUAUCCCACUGCUCAAUUGGAAUUUUGCCUUCUACUGUUGGAGUUGUUACCUGGACAUCAACCCGUCCUGGAAAAGCACCAUCAUGAAAGGUGCCCAUUUGCCUGCUGAAGUCUGGGAAAAGUACAGCAAGUGGUUGGGUGCAGAAAACAUCCCGGAGAGGUUUAAGAAGAAAAGCUACCGGCCGAUGCCCCGUGAGCCCCUAAACGAGGCUGCCUACCUGGAGACGAACCUCGCUCUGGAUUUGAUGAACUCACCCCUGAUCGCAGAAGAUGAAGUCAUGUCUCAGCUCCCCGAGGCUUGCAUUGUGAGCUGUGAGUAUGACCUUCUCCGGGACCAUUCACUGUUGUUCAAGAAGCGGUUGGAGGACUUGGGAGUCCCGGUGACAUGGCACCACAUGGAGGAUGGUUUCCACGGAGUGCUUAGCACCUUUGAUAUGGGCUACUUGCAAUUCCCCUGCUCCACGAGGAUUCUAAAUGCCAUGGUCCAUUUUCUAAAUAAGUUGUGACCGUCUUUCCUUCCUGUUAGAGCUGCGGAAGUGUGCAUUCAGCCACGAUCUGGUUCCCCAAUGGGACUCUUUGUUGUGAUGUAGGUGAGGCUGAGUGGGGCUGGGGAGGGUGUCGAGGUUGCCAUGUUCUUCUCGCUUCAGCUUCUAGAACUGCAGAAUGCAUGUUUCUGAUGUCUCAAGGGAGAGCAGUAGGAGA